AUGGAACCUAUAUUUGCAACAUCAUCAUCCCAGAUUGCUAUGAGAGGAAGAAAACAAAACCAAGAAGAAAUAAUUUCACGCGCGUCCAGCGAGCACAAAGAAGGACCUGUUUGCGAGCAUAUUUCUUCUGUGGGAGAGUAUGUUACGAUCGGUGACAAAAUUUUCAAAAGAAGUGAUUUUGAAAAUUAUUUAUCAAGUAACCCAAGUAGCGAUGUGCGCCUGGAGCAGCCAAGACCAACUAGCUUUGCAAACCCUCUUCCACUAGGAUUGGCGUCCUUCUCGUUCAUGUGUUUAACACUGGGGUUAGUUAACGCGAGAGUGCGUGGAGUUACUGACCUCAAUCUUUUGAAUGCUUCUUUCAUUUUUGGUGGCGCAGUUGUUUUGUUGUCAGGACUGCUAUCCUUCUGCGUCGGUGAUACAUUUUGUAUGACGGUCUUUGGAACAUUUGGGGGGUUUUGGAUUAGUUGGGGCUGCCUUAACCUGGAGCAAUUUGGAGUGGCUAAAGCUUACGCAGAUAAUCCACAGGCAUUGAACAAUAUACUUGGGUUUUACCUGGCUGGAUGGACUGUAUUUAAUUUCAUGGUAAUGGUCUGCUCGAUGAAGAGUACCUGGGGUAUAUUCCUACUACUACUUUUCCUAGACUUGACGUUUUUAAUGCUGUGCGUCGGUUCUUUUACAUCAAACGUUAACGCUUCGAUGGCAGGGGGUUACUUUGGUAUAUUAAGCAGCUGUUGUGGUUGGUAUUCAUUAUAUUGUUCAAUUGCAAACAAAGAAAGCUCCUAUUUUCCUUUGGUUGCAUAUCCGAUGCCAAGUGUUCACCAGGUAUAA